UUCGCUGAGGGGUUAAAUGUAGGCGUAUAUUGUCUAUUUCUCCGGUAUAGUUAGACAAUGUACGUAUCACACGUUUAGAUAAACAAACUGUGUUUCUGUUUCCCGAUAACAUGUAUGUGUGUACGUCAGGUAGGUGUAAGUACACACAUGUGUAGGCACCCGCUCAUACUUAUACAGGUAUGAACACGUCUCCGGUAUUCUAGAUCUAGUGCCAUGGCGAAGAACAUAUCUGCUGGGAUACAGAGUCGAAUUCAGUUCUUCAGCGACCCAGGCUGGACGUGUAAGAGAUGUGGCGAAGGAAAUAACUUUGAGGAGCGGUUCUGCAAGAAGUGUGGUCGCAGAAAUGUGGCCCACGAGAGACUUCAGAAAAGCAUCAAACGGGCGAGUUUGGAUCGUACAACAUGGCACUGUGCCUCAUGUACAUUCAUUAAUCAAGGAAUUCACCAAUUCUGUGAGAUUUGUAACACGGCGCGAAGUGGCCUGACCAACAAGGGCACACCUAGACCUGCUCAGGAAGAUGGUAUGUUUGAUGACAAUGCGAAAUGUAACACUAUCGGACCGGGUAUGAUGGACAAUAUAACUGACAAUGAGGAGGUCAAACUAAGAGGUAAACAUCGUGGUAAAGACGAAGAUGACAGAAAGUCACGUUUAAGUAGAUUUUUCGCUUUUAUCACUGGUUCUUCAGAGAAAAUGCCGGAGGCUGAAAGUCGCCAUGAGAAGGGGGAAAAGAAAAAAUCAAAAGGCGGUGUAAUACGAAACAGUAAACUGUUUCAGUUCUUUGUCGGUGAUAGCAGCAAGUCUUCUGAUGAAGUGAAGACAGACGAAGGAACAAGACAAAGUACUUUUUACCUGGAUGACAUAACGGAGGAAUUCGAAAAUGAAAGCGAUAAACAACACGCAGAUGUAUCACAAAGGACUUAUAUAAGUGAAUGGAAACAAACAAAGUUUGAGGCAAGACAGCCGGACAAAAGAUCGAAAGAAAAGGAACUCGGAACCAUUGAUCUAGUAGUCAAAACGCCUUACAAACAUAUAGCGGAAAAGGAACAAAUCGGUUUAGAUUUUGAUAAAAAACGACUCGACAGAAUCGAUGGAAGACAGAAAGCAGGAGUUGUGAAAGACGAGAAACCUCGUAAUAUUUCGCCAUCACCAAAGCGAAAAGAAGGGACCGGUAUUGAGGGAAUAAAACGGAUGUUCGAAAAUAAGUUAGAAGACAGGCAGCCCUCACCUAAAACAAGAACUGCUGUAAAUGAAAAGGAUAAAGGGAAGGCAAAUGCAGGAAAAAAGGAUGAAAAAAUCAAGGAAAAAAAUGAGAAGAAGAAAGAAAAGGCCGAUAGAAAAACAGACGAAAAGUCCUUGUUCUCAAUGCAAAAAGACAAAGAAGCGAGUAAACUGAAUGACAAUAAACCAGAAGCGGAUAGAAAGAAGAAAAGAUGGCCAUGUAAGUCGUGUACGUACUUGAAUGACGAUUUGGCACAGCGAUGUCGGAUGUGUGAUACACAACGACCGAAGAUAGAAGCAAACAGGCCCUCAAAAUUGAUGAAAAGACGCAUGCUAAAAAGUGGACGCAGUUUAAAAAUAGCUGAUUUACAAAAACAAGAAGAAAAGGAGGCACACAAAAAAUGGGUCAACAUCACAUACUUUUGUAGAGAGAAUGGAACAAUGUUUGUAGAUGAACAAUUCCCUCCGAAUGUUAACUCAUUGUACUCCAGACCACGUGUCGCCAGCGUCAAUCCAACAUGGCUGCGGUGCCAUGACUUGCGAACAGAGGAAAGCAAAGAGGAUAACGAAGACUGGGUUGUAUAUCGGUCAAAUCCAUUGGCUGAUGAUAUAGGCCAAGGUCGCCUUGGUAACUGCUGGUUUUUGAGUGCUCUAGCUGUACUGGCAGAGAGAAAGGAACUGUUAGAGAAGAUCAUUCUGACGCGACAGUUCUGUAAGGAGAGGGCCUACCAUGUCCGACUGUGUAAGGACGGGAGGUGGAAAAUCGUACUAAUAGAUGACUUCUUCCCAUGUGAUCAGUACAACCGACUACUGUACUCCAAGUCCAAGCGGAAACAGCUAUGGGUGCCCCUGAUUGAGAAAGCCGCCGCUAAGCUGCAUGGUUGUUACCAGGCACUAGAGUCCGGACGGGCUAUUGAAGCGUUAGCUCUACUAACAGGCGAACCAUGUGAACGGAUACAACUCCAAGAACAGGAAGAUGACGAUGUGGAGAUAGACGAGAAGAAAAUUUGGACAAAGCUCGUCAAGGCUCGCCAGUCUAAGUUUUUAAUGGGGACAUCUUGUGGGACACGGAAUAUGAAACCUAGCGAACUACAACACUACGACACUAUGGGACUGAUACCUAACCACGCCUACUCACUGUUAGACAUUCAGGAUGUAGCAGGAAAUCGGUUGGUAAAAAUUCGGAAUCCUUGGGGUACAGUUUCUUGGAAAGGCAGCUGGUCUGACAACUCCUCUAAAUGGUCACAAGUCAGUGAGUGGUCAAAGAAAGACAUACAACUGGAGGGAAAUGACAAGGGGAUAUUCUGGAUGUGCCUUCCAGACUUUAUGCGAUAUUUUGAUAGUGUCGAGGUGUGCAAAGCUCGACCUAAAUGGAACGAGCUACGCAUCAAAGGAUCGUUCCCUCCUCAUGCAGAUCAGCCUUGGAAAUUUAUCACUCUGAACAUUCACAACAAGACAAAAAUGGACCUCUGUUUAUUUCAAAGGACUGUUCGCGGCGAAGGACUAGCGAAGGAGCCAUUUGUCGAUAUGAUGAUCGUCGUCAUGGCGAAUACUAAAUCGAAAGACAAAGUGCUGUCGAAAGUUAUAUGUAACAGCCGUCGUGCAGCCAAACCGUUUACUGGAUGUGAGGUGGAACUUGAACCGGGAACAUACACUGUGGCGUGCCUAGCGUUCAAACACUGGCAAACAGGUGUACCAAUGUCUUCCUCCCUACGCAUGGCUACGAUUGAGGCUCUCAACAAGGACUUUGUUCUGACCAUACACAGCUCUGGGACAAUCCAGUCAGAAGAAUUCGACACUAGCAGUCCCACGUGCAAAUUUAAUCUGGCUGAUGUCAUCAUUCUUUUAGCUGUUGAUAAGGGAACUAAACAAGAGCUAUCUCCUGGGCUGAAUUUGUAUGCACUGUGGUGGUAUGGUGCUGUUUUUGUUGUGGAGAACACUACAAGUGACCAGUACGGACAGGUCAAGUGUGACACGUCCAGCAGCUCCUAUCUGAUCUCUACACGCGGUAGCUUCGUCACCAUGGACUGUGUUCCACCUAAACACAGACAGGUGGUACAGGUAUUGACUCCUCUGGAGCCGGUUACUGGUUGGUCAACUAACCGGUCAAUGCAGUAUCUGUUAUCCCCAACCUCUGGACUGUACCGGGAAUGGCGGGCUCCAGACGGAGUGUUACACAUACCUGAUAUAACAACCGACGUCGCUGCUCUACACAGUCCACAGCAGUUCUGAGAGAAGGCUCGUGAACAUUCAUAAUAAAAUCAAACCAGAAACUUAAAUAAUCACAGAUCCGGAUUUAACAUAAAAACACGGAAUUUAUAUUAUCACUAAAGUAUUAAUUCUUACCGCAUGUGAGUUUAUACCAUGUUUCUUUAAAAUUAGUAAAGAAAAUGUGUAACAACUCUAACCAUAUUUCAAACAUAAAUAACAGUAAACAUGAAAUAUGGUGAAGAAAAUAUGAGACCAAUGAAAUAUCUAGCACAAUGAAGGCCAAGUAACUGACGAAUUUGUUUAUGAUUCAAAAUGCAAAAUUUCAGAAGCAUACAUGUAUCACUUCCUAGUAUUACCUUUCUAACUAUAUUGAUUAUGAUUAUUUUGAACUUUUGUACAUGAUCUUAUAUAGAUACUCUUUAUUCUGGUAUUGUUGAGUGUCUAACGGAAUCUCAGCUAAAUGACUUAUUGUUUAAAUCAAAUAUUGUGUUAGAUGUGUACCAGCAUAGACAUUUAUAGUUUGAUAUUGAUUAAUAAUGAUAAUAAAAUAGCCUAGUAUAUGUCUUCAAAAAUAAAGCCAAGGUACGGGAAAGUCAUGUAGCAGAAAUAUGUAUACAAGUGCUGUAUAUUAAGUUUUCUCUUGUCUAUAUCUUUUCGAUUAAUUAAUCAACGAACAUCAUAUCGAUAUUUCCGUAGAAUAAACAUACACAACUAUCAAUCAGCAAAGCUGUCAAAUCUUAUUCGGUGUGGUUCGAGCUGUUACGGAACUAUUCCGUCAUCCACUGUUCGAAACGUACAACUUACGAACAGCCAUCACCACAUAUUGACAGAAGGCGUACCGGGUAGAUAUCAAAUAAGGUUCUAUAUAACUAUAAAGAUGAACUCAUUUAAAUUUUCGUGAUGUUAUAUUUAGAUAAAAUUAUUGUCAUCUAAAUCAGAAUAAUUUAACUUAUGUGAAAUCAAAAGCCUGGUAAAGUUCUGGAGUGUGAAAUCUCCAGCUAGGAAAUGUUAUAUGUCAACAUCCGAUGAAGUCAAGGCAUGGCUAUGCGUAAGUCGAGUGUUUCGAACUUUAUUUCUAUAAUUCAAUAUAAAACUAUAAAUGUCUGUGUUAUGAGUAACAUGUGGUUUAAGCUAAAUAAGUCCAAGUCAAACGUACAUCAGCUAGUCGCCAGUCUCUACAAUUAGACCUAACCUUAUAUAUAUAUAUAUAUAUAUAUAUUAUAUGACGUUUUUCUUUUUAAUCAAAUUCUCCUUUUUCGUUCUGUUUUCAUUCCAUUUUGCUUUAUUAGCUAAACUUCUGACAAUUCUGUACAGCGACAGGCUAUCCUGGAUUCACUAUAUGCCUGACAUCAUUGGCGAUAUUUCAUUAUCCAUGCAUACCUGAUUAAAUUGCUUUGCAACGCAAUAAGUAUUGAUUUUGCGUUAAUUGGAUUAGAAUUAGACUUCAAAGUACUGUGUAUGAAAAAUGCAUGUUUGUUUUUUAAUUCGUCUUCUGGCUUAUUUUUAACUUUGCAUAAUGCAAUACCCAACACAUCUUGAAUUGCUUUUUGACCUCGAGGUUGGGUACAUAUAUAUACAGAAAGGGACAGCAUUUCGUCACGACUGCGAUUCGUGUACUAAAAGCCGUACAAUGUUCACAGACAUUUCCUUAUUCAACUAUUUAUGAUAACAAAUGUGCUAUUUCUAUACGGUUUUCUGAUUUCGUUUCUCAUUCAUAAUUCGUGACAUUUCGUGUUGUAUUCGUAAACACUAUUCCUGUGAAGUGUCAUUUCAGUUAUCAACAAAAGGAGGUCUUCAAGCUGCAGAUCUUAAAGUCCAAUACCAUACCAACUACAGAGUUCAUUUGAGAAAUUAAAAUAUGUACUGAAAUUUGAAAACUGAAUUAUUCAUUUGAUUGGUUUAGGAUUUGACUAUUAUGUGUCACAUGAGGACUAAUUACCAAUACUGUUAAUAAGCUAUGCCUUUUUCUAUUAAGAAAUAAAUAGAAGAGGAAAACUAAUUAAUUUUGCCAACAGAAGAAAUGAAAAAUGAGAAAAGCGACACUUGUAAUAGGUACAGUACAUUUAUUAUGCAUACAAUAGUAUAAUGGGAUAGUUCUUAGGUUCAUAUCAAUAUAUCGGCACUCACAUUGAUACCUAUAACAAUCAUUUCCUUUUCUAAUAAUAACACUUGAAUUUUCUAAACUAUAUAAAUUGUUACCACAAAAUAGCGUUUUCUGGAUAUAUCUUCAUUCCUUCAUCACAAGACAAAAUCUCAUAAACCAGCGAUUCCAAAACGUAAAUGAAUAACAUAAUUUCAGAUUUAGGACAAUAUUUUUCUCAUUUUCUUAAUGAAUUUGCAUGCCUUAAGCUGUAAAUACAAUGCAAUCAAGAAAUAUUGAAUGUUCUAUUUCAAACAAAGAAAAGAUAAAGAAUAUAAAUAAGAAGUGAAAUUCAGUAUUGGUAUAAACAAUUGCUGGUUCGAUGUCUACAAUGUAUCUUUUCAUUACAAGCGGUAUUAUUUAUGCUAGAUGUAAUAUGACGAUUACUAAGGGUGUGUGUAUAGUUGGUUUGUGAGAGAAAUAAAAUGACAUUGUGUAUGUUGUUAAUGUUUUUAUUUUGAAAUAUAGAUAAAUAUCUGUUAUGACA